UGACAUUGACAUCCCAAGAAAAUUUAGAAACAGAGUAAAUAUCUCAAUAACUCAAGCUAUUUUUCACCUGGCUGCCUCAAUCUUUCAAUUGUUCACUUGCAAUGGCCUCAACAUCCUCCUCCACUCUCACUAUAUCCUCUUCAUCAACCCUUGUUGAUGGCAAGGCUCCCAGACAAUCACCAAGUGCUACCCCACAAAGUGUGAACCUUCCCACUCUUCCCCCUCCACCUGUUCAAUCUCAGACUCGUCCAUGGAAGACCACUGCUUUUUGCCGCAAGAUUGCUCGCAAUGUUAUGGCAAUGGCUACCACAGGAGAGGCACCACCACAAAUUGCCACACCUGAGCUCAGUGUUAGUGAGCUGCCAGAUUUUGUCAAGACUAUUCAAGAAGCUUGGGACAAAGUUGAAGAUAAAUAUGCAGUGAGUUCACUAGCCGUGGCUGGUGUGGUUGCUAUGUGGGGCUCAGCUGGGAUGAUCUCAGCAAUUGAUAGGCUUCCUUUAAUUCCUGGGGUUCUUGAGGUCGUAGGCAUUGGCUAUACUGGGUGGUUUGCUUACAAGAACCUAGUUUUCAAGCCAGACCGGGAAGCUUUUGUACGGAAAAUAAAAGAAACAUAUAGCGAAAUAAUUGGGAGCAGCUAAAAGAGGGAGGCAUUCUUGCAGCACUGGGUUGAAGAUGUAAUCAUGCUUCAUUUUGUCGCAAUAAGCUUCUGACCAUACUUUAUCCCAUGUAAGGUAAUUUAGCCUGAAAAUAAAUGUAACUAUGUCUAUAUAUAUAUAUAUAUAUUAAGGGAAAAACUACUCUAUGCAACAUAAGAGUAGUUUAUCUCCUAUAGACCCAUCGAAAACUGUGACAUUCUUUUUUUUUUAGAUAGUGGAUCCCACCACAUAUAUCUCUAUAACAUAAGAUAUCAUCUCUCAUGUAAUAUGAGAUUAGAUGAACCCAUAUAUUAAUCAUGUUCAAAGAAAUAUUAUUUCUUAAAUUAUC